GUCCCAGCAUCCCCCGCGUGAGCCCCGGAGCACUUCCGCCCGGUUGUGAAGUGGGUGUCUCGUCCCUCCCCCAGGACCCCUUUGAAGAACACAUCAUUGAUGAAGGAGGUUACCAGAUGAGGACAGCACAGCUGAAGAUGGCUGUGGCCCUGGAAUCUGAGGUCCAGACCCCUCCCCCUCCAGGGCCUGAAGACCUUUUGAUUGUGAAACUGGAGGAGGACUCCUGGGGAUCAGAAUCUAAAUCCCAAGAGAGGGGCCAAAACCCUGGCCUUGGUCCUGGUCCUGAGGUCUCCCGCCAGCGCUUCAGGCAGUUUCAAUAUAGAGAUGCAGCCGGACCCCAUGAAGCCUUCAGCCAGCUCUGGGCACUCUGCUGUCAUUGGCUGAGGCCUGAGAUUCGCCUCAAAGAACAAAUCCUGGAGCUGCUGGUGCUGGAGCAGUUCCUGGCCAUCUUACCCAGGGAUAUGCAGACCUGGGUGCAGGCACACCAUCCUGGGAGUGGGGAGGAAGCGGUGGCCCUGGUGGAGGAUUGGCACCGAGAGGCUGAAGCUGCCGGACAGUGGGAAUUGGAGUUGUGUGCAGAGGAGAGCGGGUCUUUAAAGGCAAUGCAAGAAUCUCAGAGUUUGCAGCUGCAGCCUGCAGAUGAGUGGCCUGAGACACAGUCCCGGAAGCAGUGGAUGGAAAGUACAUGCUCAGGCAUUCCCAAAGAUCUACCUGCCAAGAUGGCGCCUCAGCCCUUGAAAGAGAGUGCUGUCCUUACUACUCGACUUCCAAUUGUCUCAAAGAUAGGAAGCAUUGAAGACUGGGAGGUGAUAGCUGAGUCACAGGAAGCCUUGGACCCCGUCAAUCAUGCUGACAAGUUGCUCUGUCAGGACCCUCCAACAAAUGACUGUGAGAACAGCGUGCAUCUGGGAGCUCUAGUUUCAAAACCAAGUGUCAACUCCCAGUCAGAGCAAGGACAAGAGUUCUGGAGUCUAAGCCUGAUGAAUUCUGGGAAAAGGAACUCUGCAGAUUACAGCUUACAUAGUGAGCAAAUAAAAUCAGCUCAGGCAUUGGCCUGGAGGGACUCAAAGGCCUGGGAGGAGCAAUACCAAGGCGAUGUGGACGACAUAAAGGUGUCCGGCGUUCACUGGGGCUAUGAGGAGACCAAGACUUUCCUGGCAAUUUUGAGUGAAUCUCCUUUCUCUGAAAAGCUCCGGACUUGUCACCAGAACCGCCAGGUAUACCGAGCCAUUGCAGAGCGGCUGAGGGCACGGGGUUUCCUGCGGACACUGGAGCAGUGUCGUUACAGGGUCAAAAACCUCCUGCGGAAUUAUCGGAAAGCCAAGAGCAGCCACCCACCAGGGACCUGCCCCUUUUAUGAGGAGCUGGAGGCCUUGGUGAGGGCUCGGACAGCCAUCAGAGCCACAGAUAGCUCAGGAGUGGUUGUGACACUUCCCAGGCUGGGGGACAGUGAUGCUGAACUGGAUGAGCAGGAGGAAGGGGGCUGGGAGACCGAAGAAACAAUAGAAGAUUGUGAUAGUUCUGGCCUAGCCACCGAGGAGUCUGCCCAGGGGUCCAGGAUUGCAGGGGGUCCAGCUCUGCUCCACAGUCGUAUUGCAGGUGUGCACUGGGGCUAUGAGGAGACCAAGGCUUUUCUGGCAAUUCUUAGUGAGUCUCCAUUCUCUGAAAAGCUUCGCACUUGUCACCAAAACAGUCAGGUGUACCGGGCCAUUGCAGAACGACUAUGUGCAUUAGGCUUCUUGCGGACACUGGAGCAAUGUCGUUACCGAUUCAAAAACCUCCUUCGAAGCUACCGGAAAGCCAAGAGCAGUCAACCACCAGGGACCUGUCCCUUCUACAAAGAGCUGGAUUUAUUAAUGAGAGCUCGGACUUCCAUCAGGGCUAUGGAGAUUGUCAGGGUCCCUGGGUCUGGGCAGAAGGAUAUUAAGACUGAUGACCAGAAGGCCUGGGGUGAGUUGGCAGAUGGAGAUGUCAUCAAACCUUCAACCCCAUGCCCUAAAACUCCAGAUACAGGGUUUGAGUUGAAGGAUGAAGAUCAGAUUUCAGAGCAGGACAUUUUUGAGGAUUUGCCUGGAGCCUUAGCAAAAUGCAAUACUGAAGCUGUGUGUCAAGCUGGUUGGGAGGAAGACAGUGAAAAUGAGCAUGAAGGUGCAGGGGAGUGGAAAGAGCCUCCCCAGGAACAGUGGGACGACUGUUCUUCUGAAGAGGACUUAGAAAAACUCAUUGACCACCAAGGCCUGUACCUCGUGGAGAAACCUUAUAGUCGUAUGAAAAGCUUCAGCCGGAGUUCCCACUUUCUUGCCCACCAGCAGACUUACACUGAUGAGAAGCCCUACAAAUGCCUGCAGUGUGGGAAAAGCUUUAGUGACCGCUCUAACCUCAAUACCCAUCAAAGAAUCCACACUGGAGAAAAGCCUUACGUAUGCCUUGAAUGUGGGAAAAGCUUCAGUGACCACUCCAAUCUUAUCACCCACCACAGAAUCCAUACAGGAGAAAAGCCCUAUAAAUGCGGCAAAUGUUGGAAAAGCUUUAACCAGAGUUCCAACCUCCUGAAACAUCAGAGGAUACACUUGGGAGGAAGUCCCAACCAGUAUAGUGAGUCUGGUGGGGAGGGCUUUGAACAAAGUCCAUCUUUUAGUGUUCCAUGGCAGAAUUCUGCAGGGAAGAUAUCUGAGCAACUUCAGAGAGUUGGUGUGAACUUGAGCUCUCCCAGACCCCACAGUACCAACUCAGGGGAUAAACUGUAUCGGUGCUUUGAAUGUGGGAGAUGUUUCUCAAAGAGCUCUGCUCUCCUCAGCCACCAAAGAAUCCACACUGGAGAGAAACCAUUUGAGUGUGCUGAAUGUGGGAAAAGCUUCAGUAAGAGCUCCACCCUGGCCAACCAUCAGCGAACCCACACUGGGGAGAAGCCAUAUAAGUGUACGGACUGUGGGAAGUGCUUCAGUGAGCGUUCCAAGCUCGUCACGCACCGCCGAGUCCACACAGGGGAGAAGCCCUACAAAUGCCUCGAGUGUGGGAAGUUCUUCCGGGACCGCUCCAACCUCAUCACUCACCAGAGGAUUCACACAGGAGAGAAGCCAUACAAGUGCAGAGAGUGUGGGAAGUGCUUUAACCAGAGCUCUAGUCUUAUUAUUCACCAGAGAAUCCACACAGGGGAGAAACCCUACAAGUGCAUGGAGUGUGGCAAAGAUUUCAACAACAGCUCCCACUUUAGCGCUCACCGGAGAAUCCAUACAGGAGGGAAAACAUCAUAGGAGGACCCCUCC